GAAAAAAGAGUUUGAGAUAUUAGGAUUGUCUCUUAUCCAGUGUAUACUUUCUUAUUUUGAACCAGAUAGGUGGCCUAGUUGCCAUGCUGGCAUCUUUAUACCUGUUAUCAGAAGGAUGGGCUACUGCAACGUAUUCUCCAUUCUCUUGGGAAGAUCGAGAUAGUUCUGAGUCUCAGACUGAACCAGUUUUGGGCCUGAAGUUAAUGUUAAUACCUAUAAUUGCUGGUAUUCUAUCUGCACUUAGGAGAGUCAUUGCUCGGCGUGUUUCAAUCAAGAAUCAACUUAAAAGGCGGCUCCAUGGCUUAACCAUUGCUUCUGCAACAUGUUUUAUGUUUCCCAUCGCCAUGUGGGACAUGAUCAUAGGCUCAUUAUCUGAAUCUGAUAACAAUAAAAAGUUGCCGUUCUCUGCUUGGGCCUUCUUCAGCACUAUUUUGUUUGGAAACAUUGUGAUAUUCUAUGCUGACAGUAUUGCAGAGGAGAGAUUGCAUAUGGUUUUCUCCUCACCAAGGCAUUUAGCAGCAGCUAGUGCAUGCAUCAUCAUAAUGGAGAAUGUGUACAAGAUGGAUUUUUCUCUUGCAGGAUUCACAAUUUGCUGCUUAAUAUUAGGUUUUGGGAUACACGAAGCAACUUCAUUGGAGCUCAGUAGAAAAGAUUCCAUUAAAAAUUCAGAUUCAUCAAUUAGAGAAUUUGAUGAUCCAAUCCAGAUGUCACCCCUGCCUACUUGAUUUUUUGCAGACAAGAUGUUAUAUGUUGUGAAGAUGUAUUUUGUUGAACACCACUUUUUGGAAGCUCCAGCAUCUAGUUUGCUACACACCAAAUUCUUGAUGAUUGAUCUUAUCUUUGUUGGUUUGAGAACCAAUUUUGACCUACAAAGAUCAUUAGUAGUCUGCUAGUUUAUUGUGUAGUUUAGGAGUAAUUUUCCACCAUGAAAAAAGCAGCAGCAUUGUUCCUGGUCCUGGUAGAUGUUCUUUGAAUCUUGUUAUAAUCGAAUCAUCCAAAUCAGCUAACCACACUUUGUAAUGAAAUUAUGAAUCUGCCAAUCUGUUGGUUUUUCCCUGUAUAUUAUUUCCACUCUUUUUCUUUCUCUU